ACUAAGCUUAAGCUCAUUAAAUAAUUUUCUCUUUAACCACCCACUGUUGAAAAGCUUCGGGCGCAAAUUAAAUCCGCAAUUUCAUUGUAAGUGGCGCUCUUUAAUUGGGAAACUACAGAAUACAAUAUACUUAAAACGUAUACGAUUUAUAUUGUAGAAAAUGAAAAUGUUAAACAGGGAUUAAAAUAAAAUACGUUUUACUAAGAACAGCAACUGAUUCAAAUUGAACAAAAUUGUGAAAUGUAAUAGCAUAAGUAGACAUAAAAGUAGUAGAGUACGGGAAAUUUAAGAUUCAGUAAUUUAAAGCUGGCGAAGAAGGCAGCUGAAAAUGGCAGCAGCUAAAAAAAUGCUUACUGUUAUCAAUUUCUUUAUGAUCAUGAAGCUGAUUGCAGCAUAUCCACACCCAUAUUACAAAGCAAAUGGCAACACCCUGUAUCCCACAAUUACAUAUGAAUCAAAUAGGUUAAUAACACCCGUUAUGAAAACUGAGAGCAAGUCUUAUGCUGAGAGUACAGCAAAUGACUUGGCGCCCACUUGGCAAUCAACAGCUCAUAAUGAUUUAACCGUUACAAAACACUUGCAAAAAACAGAUGUUUUACAACACACUACAAACCCAAUCGACCAAAGGUUAAAUACCUACACUAAAGCUUUCAUACGUGCUUCACUGAAAGUUUUUCAAAACGAACUGAAAAGUACAACAAACACAGAAAACGCUGAGCUUUUCGGUGUUUUGUUGAAAAUCAAAAAUCUCUACAAACCAGAUGAAGCGCUGUUGACCAAAGGUCUAUAUAAAAUAUUUGAAAUGAUGAACGAAGUCAACGCCGAUUUAACACUAACUGAAAGUGAACAAACUUGGAUGGAGACGCUAUUGGAACGCUUCGAACAGAUGUUGCAGCUGGAACAACUGAGCACACCUAUAACGGAUGUAUAUGAGAGUUUAAUCAUCGAGAAUGAUAUUGAGCAGAAUUUUGAUGUUGUGAAGAAAUUUUGGUUGAAAAUAUGAAUUACAUUAGAAAUAUUUCUAAAAUUACGUAGAUGUUAAAUAUUUUUUCAUAAAAAUAACAAAAAAUUUUUUUAUUUUUUAUAAAAAAUGUAAUUAAUUAUAUAAUACUAUAUUUUAAUGAAAUUAACAUAUGUAAUCAUAUCACAAUACAUGAUGACCUACAUUGUAUGAUUAUAAUUAAUCAAGUUAUUUACUCAGCAAUACUUCCGGAGUCAAGAAUUAGGAUUUGAACCCAAGCUAUAUAAUUUAUAAUCUCACAUCUAGUUUUAUGCACCACCUGUGGUUUCAUGACGAUUACUUAUAAAGAUAGAAUAUACAGAGCUAGAUAUAAUAUUACAAAAAACAGGGUGUUACGAAAUUAUUAAAAUAAAAUCUCGAUUUCUAUUUUGCUUCACACAAAGCGAAAAUAAAUUUACCAUUUGUUCAAA